GCACCAUCCCCGAGCAGCUAUCCCCAGCCAAGCACUGUCAGGGGCCGUUUUCUGUCUGGAGGGCUUGAGGACGUUGACGUAGAAGAUGUGCGAGGAAGAGGACAGCACUGCCCUUGUUUGUGACAAUGGGUCAGGACUCUGUAAAGCUGGCUUCGCUGGGGACGAUGCUCCAAGAGCAGUUUUCCCUUCCAUUGUGGGUCGUCCCAGGCACCAGGGCGUGAUGGUUGGUAUGGGUCAAAAAGACAGCUACGUAGGUGAUGAGGCUCAAAGCAAGAGAGGAAUCCUGACCUUGAAAUACCCCAUAGAACAUGGCAUCAUUACAAACUGGGAUGACAUGGAGAAGAUCUGGCAUCACUCUUUCUAUAAUGAGCUCCGUGUUGCACCUGAAGAACACCCAACUCUACUGACUGAAGCACCACUGAAUCCCAAAGCCAAUCGAGAGAAAAUGACCCAGAUUAUGUUCGAGACUUUCAAUGUGCCAGCCAUGUAUGUAGCUAUUCAAGCUGUUCUGUCCCUCUAUGCUUCUGGACGUACCACAGGGAUUGUGCUUGACUCUGGGGACGGUGUUACCCACAAUGUGCCAAUUUACGAAGGCUACGCCUUGCCGCACGCCAUCAUGCCGGAGCGUGAAAUUGUCCGUGACAUCAAGGAGAAGCUGUGUUACGUGGCCCUGGACUUUGAAAAUGAGAUGGCCACUGCUGCCUCUUCCUCCUCUCUGGAAAAAAGCUAUGAGCUUCCUGAUGGUCAGGUGAUCACUAUUGGAAACGAACGCUUCCGCUGCCCAGAGACCCUCUUCCAGCCAUCCUUCAUUG